AUGUCCUUCAGGACCAUCGUUCCCUGGAGGACGUUUCGUCAGGCGCUCCACGAGUUUCACCCCAUCAGCUCGGGGUUGGAGGCGAUGGCUCUCAAGUCCACCAUCGAUCUGACGUGCAACGACUACAUCUCCGUGUUCGAGUUUGACAUCUUCACACGCCUUUUCCAGCCAUGGUCGUCUCUUUUGAGGAACUGGAACAGUCUGGCGGUCACACACCCCGGGUACAUGGCCUUCCUGACGUACGACGAGGUGAAGGCUCGUCUGCACAGAUUCAUACACAAACCCGGCAGCUACAUCUUCAGGCUGAGCUGCACUCGGCUCGGUCAGUGGGCGAUCGGCUACGUGACGGCGGACGGGAACAUCCUGCAGACGAUCCCUCACAACAAACCCCUGUUCCAGGCUCUCAUCGACGGAUACAGAGAGGGAUUCUAUCUGUUCCCCGACGGUCGAGCUCAGAACCCGGACCUGACGGGUCUCUGUGAGCCGUCUCCACAGGACCACAUCAAAGUUACUCAGGAACAGUACGAGCUUUACUGUGAAAUGGGUUCCACGUUCCAGCUCUGUAAGAUCUGCGCAGAAAAUGACAAGGACGUGAAGAUCGAGCCGUGCAGACACUUGAUGUGCACUUCCUGUCUCACCGCCUGGCAG